UUCUUAAUAAAGCCUCAAUACAUGUAAAUAUUUCGAAUUUUUUUUCAAAUAAAACUCUGAAAAUGUAAAGAAAGAAAAAAAAAAACUUCACCUCUCUCUAUAGACUGCCAAAGCGAUCAGUAGUAGUACAUAGCUUCUGAAACAUACAUCAUCACUCUCUUGAAAACUCAAAAAAGAAAGAAAAACUAAAAAUAAAAGUGAAAAAGAAGUUUUAUUUCUCUUCAAGGAACUUCAGAUUCUUGAAACUCUCUUCUCAUAUAUACUCAACUCUCUUCUCACAUUACAUCUCUCUCUCCCUUGGUACCAAAGAAAAAGUGUGUUUAAGUUUAAGUUAGAGGUAAAAGAUAGUGUAUUAUUUUGUUCUAAGUAUAGUUUGUUAGUUGGAAUAAGUAGAGAAAGUAUUAAAGGUCUCAUCUUUUGCCUUCUUGGAGAGCCAAAAUGAGAAAGAACUACUUGCUAUGGUUUUUGCUCUGCGUUUUGGUCAUGAAUAGCUAUCUGGUUGUGACAAAAGGAAGUGUGGUGGUGCAAGAGAAGGCAGAUGCAGCCAUGCCAAUAACUACAUUAUCACCACCAGAAGGCAACACAACAUUUCUUGAUGGCAUAACAUGGUGUGUGGCCCAUGCUGGGGUCUCUCAAAUUGAUCUGCAGAAUGCAUUGGAUUGGGCCUGUGGGCUUGGAAUGGCUGAUUGUAAGCCCAUCCAAGAGGGGGGCCCAUGUUAUCAACCAGACAAUCUUGUCUCUCAUGCUUCCUAUGCUUUCAAUAACUAUUAUCAACAAAAUGGGAAUUCUGAUAUUGCUUGCAAUUUUGGUGGAACUGCUGUUUUAACCAAAAACAAUCCAAGUUAUGGAAAAUGCAACUAUGCAGGACCAGGAUCUGUAAGUUCAACCUCAGCACCCUCACUUUUCAUUUUGAAGAACUCUCAGAGCUUUGUUUGGUGGAAACUUGCAGGGACACUUCUAUUGCUUUUGUAUUUGGGAAGGUAACAUCCUUUGGGAAAAGAAAAAAGAACCAAAAAAAAAACACAAUGUUGGGAUCCAAUCCAAGCAUCUGAUCUGAUCAUUAGAGAUUAUUGUGAUUUUUGUAUUUGGGAUUUGCCAAGUUAUACCUUUGCUCUAGGUUUAGGAAUCUAAAUAUAGCUAUGCAAAUCUCACCUUUUCUUUAUUUUAUUUUUGUAAUCUCUUGCACUUUAUUUUGUCAAGGAGUUGUAAUAAUGCAUCUCCUCCUUAUUUAUAUAAAUAUAUAUGUUAGCCCUAGUUGUUUAAA